AGAAGCUAUCUCAAUUCAGAUAUAAUAAUAAAUUAUAAAAAAUUGUCAUUCGAAUGUGCGGUUAAAACGAAUGUAAACAGAUGCCAACAAUGCAAGAAGCCGUGUUUGAAUUGAAGUGUGCCUCUCAGAAUUAUCACUGGGGAAAGAUUGGGAAGGACAGUGAAGUGGCUAGUCUACUUAGUAGUGGCAAUUCAAGUUUUGUUGUGGAAGAUCAAACUAGAUAUGCUGAGUUAUGGAUGGGAACACACCCAAGCGGACCUUCAGUGAUUGUGAUACCAGGAAAACCUAGCAAGCCACUGAGUGAAUGGGUGUCGGAAAAUCCAGACAAGUUAGGGAACUCUGUCAAGGAGAAGUUUGGUGGUUCUCUUCCCUUCCUCUUUAAAGUGCUCUCAGUUGACAAGUCUUUGUCUAUACAGGCACAUCCUAACAAGAGCCAUGCUGAAGAGUUACAUAGAAGAGACCCUAAGAAUUACAAGGAUCCAAACCAUAAACCUGAAAUGGCUAUUGCUCUGACAGACUUCACUGGCCUGUGUGGUUUUCGUCCUAUCGCAGAGAUAGCACAGUUUAUCAAAGAAAUCCCAGAGCUGAAAGCUGUGAUUGGACAGGAGAAUGGUAACAAGCUUGUAUCAGCCAGCCAAUCAGACAAGAGCAGUGUACAUGAGGAAGCUUUGAGAGCAUCAUUCUCAGCUCUGAUGAGGCAGGACAGAGACAUUGUACAGACGGAACUGAAAAAACUUGUUGAUCGAGUAAAGUCCAUAGAGACCUCAGAAGGUGACAUAAGCAGUUAUGUGGGGGAUAUUUUACUGAAACUGGAUCGAGAAUUCCCUGGAGAUGUUGGAGGUUUUUCUAUAUAUUUCCUCAAUGUGAUGAGACUACAUAAAGGAGAUACAAUUUUCUUGGAAGCUAACCUUCCACAUGCCUAUCUUUCUGGAGAUUGUAUGGAAUGCAUGGCGUGUUCAGACAAUGUUGUGCGUGCUGGACUUACACCAAAAUUUAUUGAUACAGAGACACUCGUACAGAUGCUUAACUACAAUGGGAAACCUGCCCAGGAUAAUAUAUUCCAACCAUCAAGUGUGGAAGAAAAUGGAUGCAAUAUAAGAAAGUUUAAUCCUCCUAUACAGGACUUUGCUGUUACAGAAAUUAGAAUUCCUGCUGGUGUGAAGUGUACAAACCUCGCUGCCAUGAACAGUGCAAGCAUUGUGAUCUGUAUAAAGGGCACUGCAAGUCUUAACAACCAAUCAUUGACACAGUCCAUACAGGUGCAGCGUGGGACUGUUCUGUUUAUAUCAGCCAAUGAGGAAACUGCUUUACAGAUGUCCUCAGAAAAUGGGAUGCUGUUAUACAGGGCACAUGCCGGCUGUUAGCUUCAGUUCGAAAUGAAAUUAUGACCUAGGAUAAUGCAUUUAUAUGUGUCUUCCAUUUUUAUGUAAUGAUUCCAUUUUCUUUAACUGCAUAAUAGUGACUGUGUUAAACAUAUGUAAGAAAGAUACAACAAUAAGUGAGAGGUUUAUAUAUAAUUCUAACACGAUCCACAGCAAUUGCUGUAUAAACAUACAGCGAAAUCGCCUAUACAUGAAUCUACGAUAAAAUAUGGUUGGCUGUUACAUUUCACCCCCUACGACUGUGACAUAAGAGAUUCUACUUCUGUUCCCUUACAUACGAAAUAUUUCAGGGCCAAAUGGUUGAAAAGAACAUUUAAAAAAUAUAAUUAUGAUAAAAAGUCAUAUUGACUUAUGUGUAGGACCGUAAAACACGUUUUGAUCUCUACGAGCGAAUUCAAUUAGCCCAAUUAUGAUUCAGCGGUGACGUCAUAAAUGUAUGACAUAAAUUAUGAGGUCAUAAUGAUGUGACGUCAUAUAAAAGUUAAGCUUGUAACUCAUAAUAUAGGGUCAACUAACCUUAUUUGAUUAUUCUGUUCAUAAAUAAUUUGCAAGCUGUUAGAUAACUAGUUUAUAAAUACUUCUCAAAAUUCUAAUAAAAAAUGAACAAAUAUCUAUACAUUCCGUUGGCUAUGCAACACUUCCUAACCAUGGGAGUAAAUUGUAACUGCAUAUGAUCCGAAUGACGCAUUACGCUGAACAUGUAGUACUGUAAAAUGCGAAUUAUUUGCGUUGUUAGAAUCGAAAUAAUAAAUCUGUUCCAAUAAUUUUAUAAGUUAAUAAAAUAUGAGCAGUCGUUCGGAUGCGGAUAAUUACAUCACUCGUGCUACGCACUCGUGAUUUAAUUAUUACGCAUCCAAACUCCUGCCCAUAUUUUAUUAACUGAUAAAAUAUAGGAACAGAUUUAUUAUUUCUUAAUUAAUUGACUGUAUGAUAUCAUGUCUAACUAUAAUCAGAAAUACUAACAUUAUUAGUCCCUUCUUUGACCUGAAUUACUACUUGAAAGUGUUUUGAUGUUCUGUUGAUCUACCUCUGUAUGAAGGAAUGUUCUUGAUUGCAUAAAAAGUUUAUGGAGUACUUUGAUUUAGUAGAAAAACUAAACAUCUAAAUUACCUACUCCAAGGUAGACUACUCCUGAUUUAUAACCAUUUCAGAAGUAUUGUUGAAAUGCUCAUUUAUGAAGAAAUCCUUUAACAUUGACAUAUUUUUUUGUUACCAGAUUAUUUAUUGUAUUAUGUUAAAUUAAGAUUUGUUGUGAAACUUAUGUUAAAUUAUACAUGUAGUUUAUUUUGUUACUGUUAUCUCAUGUUUCAUAUUUAAGAUAUUGUUAUUUCCCGACAAUUAUGCAGGGUUUUACAUUUACAACAUUUACUGAAAUAUAUGGUAUUUUUGCAUGCCACACAGGAUUUUCACAUAUUUUUUUGAUGCAGUAAACUGUCCUUGCAAUGACUCUUGUGUUGUAGUUUAUAAAUGAAUGUGUACAUUCAUACGCUACUAUGAUGAAAUAGUGCUUUAAAGAAAAGCAUUUGGCCAGAGUUUUUUUAUUUUUCGUUUUACGGGAGCGCCGGUCCUAAAUAUUGCAAAAGUGGAAUAAAAUUAAAAUUCA